UCGUCUCUUCUCCCAAAUCGAGCCACCGCUCAUCGUCUCUCCCGGGGGAGGACUAAGCACUGUGGCAGGCGAUCGCGAGCGGGACUUAGUGCGCGGAGGCGGCGGCACGGGGCAUGGCGACGUCGUCUUAUUCGUCGUCGUCGGCGACGGCGCCCGGGGGCGGCAGCGCGUCUGCCGGGCUCAAGACCUACUUCAAGACGCCCGAGGGGAGGUACACGCUGCAGUGCGAGAAGGCGCACUCCGCCGCGGUCGUUCACUACAACCACGGCGGGAAGACCGUCUCGCAGUUGACGGUGGCAUACCUGAAGGAGAGGUCGACUGGCCAAGGCUCCGCACCAUCAACACCAAGCUCCAGCAGUGGGAUGCGAUCGGCGGCAGCAAGGCUGCUGGGCACCGGGAAUGGUGGCCGGGCACUUAGCUUCGUUGGGGGCAAUGGUGUCAGUCGGGCUGUGUCUGGAAGCAGCCGUAUGGGAGGAAGCCUAGGUACUUCUACAAGCCUUGGCGGAUCGCAAGCUGUACCAAACUAUGAUGGCAAGGGUGCAUACAUCAUCUUCAACUCUGCUGAUACACUAUUCAUCAGUGACCUGAAUUCCCAGGACAAGGAUCCCGUAAAGUGCAUGCAUUUUACCAACUCGAACCCGUUGUACCACGCAUUCGACUCGGAGGCCAAGGAGGGGCAUGACUUGAUAAUUGGGAUGGGAUCGGGGGAUGUCUAUUCAAUGUCGCUGAGGCAACAGUUACAAGAACCUGGGAGGAAGCCUGUUGCAGCCCAACACUAUAAUAAGGGUGAUAAAGAUGGAAUGAACUUAAGCAGCCGUUGCACGUCUGUUGCUUGGGUUCCGGAACAUGAAGGCAUUUUCGUUGUUAGCCAUUCUGAUGGAAAUUUGUAUGUGUAUGAUAAAUCCAAAGAUGGAAGCACUGAGUGUACAUUUCCAGCUAUAAAGGAUCCAGCUCAGUUGAUGGUUUCACAUGCAAAGUCGAGUAAGAGCAACCCAAUUGCUAGAUGGCAUGUUUGCGAUGGUUCCAUCAAUGCAUUUUCCUUUUCUCCAGAUGGGGCAUACUUAGCAACGGUUGGGCGAGAUGGUUAUUUGAGAGUGUUCGACUUUUCAAAGGAACAACUAAUAUUCGGUGGGAAAAGUUAUUAUGGUGCUCUUUUGUGUUGCACCUGGAGCUCAGAUGGCAAAUAUCUAUUGACAGGUGGCGAAGAUGAUCUUGUUCAGGUAUGGAGCAUGGACAACAGAAAGAUUGUUGCAUGGGGUGAAGGGCAUAAUUCUUGGGUUAGUGGAGUUGCUUUUGAUCCAUAUUGGUCCCCACCAAAUUCUGAUGGAACAGAAGAAAAUGUUGUGUAUCGUUUUGGUUCUGUUGGUCAGGAUACCCAAUUGCUUCUGUGGGAUUUGGCAAUGGAUGAGAUUGUUGUCCCGCUACGCCAUCCCUCAGGUGGUUCGCCAACAUUUGGCAGUGGGAGCCCUUCUGCACACUGGGACAAUGUAUGCCCUCCAACAGGUAUUCUUCAACCGUCUCCAAGAAUGCGACACGUGCCGAAGCUUUCACCCCUUAUUGCCCAUCGCGUACACACGGACCCCCUGUCUGGUCUGGCGUUCAGCACUGAAACAAUCCUCACCAUUUGCCGCGAGGGACUAGUCAAAAUCUGGGUCAGACCUGGCCACGGUGAAAGCAAUCAACGGCCGAAUUCUUCCGAGUUAGCUUUAAGCCAUACCGCUUCAAAGGAUAGGGCAAUCACAUCAUCGAAUAAAUCAAGCGGUUCCAGCUUCAAGCAACCUUCAUCCCUUCUCCUGACAUAGCCGUGUGUUUCUCUUCUGGGCAUCUUUCCCUUUGUUAUCCUGGUUCAUCCGUGGGCUCGGUUUCUUACUAACACAAUGAUUGAUGAGACGGACUCAAAAGAGGCUGCUGGGGAUGAAGGCGCAGUAAUAUAGCUGUAAAUGUUCCUUGGUUGCAGGUAUACAGCAAUGCUAGUGCUGCCACUUGUGUGGCACAAAAGAAUAACAGAACAAGCCCCUGUACAUAUACGUGUAGUCCGAGUUAACUAAUACAAGUUCAAUGUUAUAUAUUA